GCACAAGGUGCAUCAUAACAGUUUCUCACGGAAACAUCGUUCGCGUGUGUCGGAUACAAUUUUCUUGGCGCGCGAGUUGGUAUAAUUAUCGGGAGAAGUACUUUCUCCGACUUGCGCGCGCGCACGCACGCUGCAACGCCAUAUUAUCGCGACGAGAAGAUCUGCUCCAUUCUGCUCCGCUCUGUUCUAAGCGCGCGGAAGGACGAUACACAAUUACAUUAGAUAUGUGUAAUUCGUUACCAACCAGCGGAACGUCGGUUUUGCCUCCAACGUUGCGUCAUACACGUUACAUUGCAUUGGAAAUGCAAAAGACCGCUUCCUCUUCCGCCAUUUUUCACGCGUACUUGCGUUAAAUCGCAGGAACAAUUCAACCCUUUGAAGCAUAGAAUCUUCAAAAUUCGGGUUCUAAUAAAAUAUUUAUAUCUAGAACGACAACCAAGAGAUUAUUCUUUUUGAAAUUAAUUUUUUUAUCUUUUCUAUUUUCCUAUUUUUACAGAAUAGGGGUGGUUUCAUGCAAUAGAAUAUUUCCAUUUCUAAUCGUUCUUUGCUUUUUAUCUUGUGCUCUUUUAAAAAAUGGUAGAGUGCAUGGCUGCACUAUGCACAGGCUGAGCAGUGGUUUCGUUGCGAGAUCAAUAACUGAAGCUAUGAUUUGGUUCUGAUAGAUGAUUUCACGGUGAAACAACUGUGCUUCAAAGGGAGAGCACCAAUGCUCGGACACGUGCUUAAAAUUCUGGAUAUUUUUACCUUUGGUCUUACAUAUGAAUAUUUACAUACGAAUAUUUAAAUUUUCAACAUAAAAAAUAUACACAUUGAAUAUACACACUGCCGGUCAAAAGUUUUUAAUCAUUCUUGCUGAUUUUUCAUAAGGGCGAAUCUUUUGAUACGUUCUCAUGCGAUUUGGUUGGUUGUUACAUGAACUGUGAACUGUGAAUUUCAAAAAAGAACAAAAAUAUUAAAACUGUCGUAAAACUUUUUCUUUCAUCAAAUUCGUCUAUUGCUUAAUUUACGUAGUGAUUCCUAAUUUUUGACCGGUAGUGUGCAUAUAUUUUAUGUUAUAUAAAUUAAAAUAUUUGUAUUUAAAGACCAAAACAAUGCAAAUGUUUAUAAUUGGGUACGCGCGUGUCCGAGAAUUGAUACUUUUACCUUAAUUUCUUUUCUGUCUUUUUUUUAAAGAACGGGAUACUCGUGCAUAUGGCAUUGAAUAGAGAAGUAAGGGAUUGUUUGAACUUUCGCAUUUGUAGUUUCAUCUUACGACUCGGUGUCGUUCGUAAAAGACACUUAAUCACAACGCACGUAUUGUGUGAUCCGAGAAAAAAGAUUCCCGCUGGCUCUUGCAAACGCAGACGCAGACGGCGAGUGUAAGAACGCCAUGAAUAUCUAAGACUGUUGACCAACGAGAUGCUUUUUCGUCGCGAUUUCUCUCUUAUACGACUUGCCUUACAUCGACACUACCUCACAUCGGCAGUGGCUUUCGUUACGCGAUCAUAUGCAUUUCUUUGUCUGCGUAUCAUUUUUGACAGCAGACUGUCACGUUGCAUAAUUUAAUGACAUAAAUAACACCUACAUCCGUAAGACAAUUGUGCGUGGACGAUGGUCAUCUAGAUUGAUCGUCUAGGAAUCACGCUCGAUGAUCCUCGCCCUGCGAUUGUUCGCAGUCAUUAUACGCACGGAGGCGCGUUGACUCAUUUCACGCGCAUUAACCGUGAACGAUAUCUUGAACAUUUAAUUACGGACGACAAGAUAUGAAUCGGAAUGUCAUUACAACAGCUCUAUCGCAGACAAGGGAUAACUCAUUCAGAUAUAUUUUUGUUCACAAAUAUUCCGCUGGCACUUCCCUGGUAAAAAUGUCAUACGCAAUUUGCGUAGAUGUUCUUCCAAUUAUUGUCUAGUGUUAAUACAUUAUCAUUAAUUGUAACAAUACUGUGCAAAAACUUGAUAGGGUUUUAUUCAGUGGUUGAAGCAAUUUACUGUACAAUAUCGAUAUUCUUCUCCCGAAAGUAGUAUCAGUAUUAAUUCAGUUUUAUAAUGUGUACGUAUCAUGAUAUUUAUUAUAAACGUGAAUAAGUUUAAAACAUAUUUAUUAAAGAAGAGACUAAAAUUGCACAAACAACGAGCGAAAAGCACGUAGAAAAGCAUAGACAAAGAAAACUAAAGAUGUUUGACAAUGUUAAGUUUUAAUAGAGAUAACAACUAAAAUUAGAAAUAAAAGUGAGCAAAAAAGAUAAAUGAAGUACAUAUCAAUUAUACAGAAUUUUAUUACGACAAAAACACAUCAGGCUAUUUUGAUGGUGAUGAUAUAAAUGAAAACUGUCAUAACAGCUCGGGCUCAGAACCUGAUGAAAUGGUACAACCACAAGAAUGAAUAAAAGAACAUGUGUCACUUGAUAAUUGUGAAAUAUGUCACGUAAAAGGGGAGAAACAUAAAAAUAUAUAUUACACUCUAAAUAUGUCACGUAAAAGGGGAGAAACAUAAAAAUAUAUAUUACACUCUAAAUUUCUUGGAGUAAGACUUCACUUCAAAGUAGUGAAAAUUGCGCCAGUCGAAGUUAGAGCGAAAACUUCACUCCAAACGAGUGAAAAAAUUGCUCGCUGGGGAUGAGUUCUCACUCGUUUGGAGUAAAAUUCUCGCUCUAACUUCGACUGGCGCAAUUUUCACUACCUUGGAGUGAAAUCUCACUCCAAGAAAUUUAAAGUGUACGCAGCAAAGAUUCCCUGCGCUAUAGGACUCUUAUUAGCAUUAAGGUUUCUCAAUUAGCAAACGUGUAAAGAAAAUGAAAUACUAUUGGGACAAAUCUGCCUAGUUUAUGGACAUUUUGAGUAGCAGACUUGAUUAUUAAUUAAUUCAUUCAUUAUUAAUUAAUUUCUCGUUCUGUUUUCCUGUUCCUGUUCUGUUUUCGUUUAAUAAAUGUGUUCAAGUGUCGCGCAUCAUUCGUGUGCAAUAACUGUAGGAAAAGCGUUACACCUCGAUUGUUGAAAAGUUUCAUUCUUCUUCUUUCAUCUAGGACAAAAGUUAACACAAUUGUCAAGUAUAACUGCUCGAGGACUACACUAAACUUCUACCGGGAUUAGCGGGGAAAAAGAAGAAAGAAAUUUAUGAACCUUUUGUUGUUUCGAGCUUACGCUUAUCUCGGACGUUUCGAUGAAUAUCGUUAACUCGAAUAAACAUUCAUGUGCCGGUCACGCGUCAACGAGCAAAAAGUCGAAAGACCAUAAAGAUACACACGCAUAUUGCGUGCGACUCAAAAGUCUGCGCUGAAGAAACAACGCGCUCAUAAUCGCGCGUAGGCAAUUAAGAUUAGGAACUGAAAAGUUCGCUCUAAUCUACGCAUUAGCGGCAUAUUACCGCAUUAUUUCUUUAUCCGCCAUCGUCAGCCGAUUCUCAGCGGUUUAUCAACGGCUGAUCCAUCGCUCGGUUAAUUAAUUGCCAGAAUAACGACGCAGAGACACAAAGGCUUAAUUGGAGGACCAAAAGCGCCUGCGAAACGCCUUAAUUAUAUCAGAUACGUUCGCGCUCCGCGACGAAACGCGUUUGAGUCUCGUUGAGUCUUGUUGAAUCUUGUGUUCCUAAGGAGCGUCGGAAUCGGUGAAUCUCAGCGGUCUGGCUUAACUGCAAAUGGCUUUUGGCACCCUAGUCCUUAGCCAACAUCAAUAAGGCUUCUCCAUUUCGAGAAAACGUCGCCGUUCUGUCGCGUGAAAAUAUUCCACACGACCAGGAAGCGCGAGGGUGACAGAGAAGAGCCAAGAAACAAAAAGGGGACGAAUUAUCCGUUCGUGGCGGAUCGAACCCGGUUCGAGUAGUCGUGGGGUUUCCGCGAGCGACUGGGAAGCCACGUAGUGGUCUUCGCGACCGAAAGGAAAGCGAGACAGGAGAGGCAGGAGACGCUCUCACACGAAAUCAUCGGCCCUUCGGCCUCUAUCAACCCUUUCUCUCCCGAUCCAUCUGUCCCCCAUUCGUCGCGUUUCCUAACGAAUCGCGACGCGCGCGAACUCUCCCUCGUCCUUUCCUUUCACGGCACGGCCAUGGAUCGCAACGAAAGCACGAACGAGGGUGGCAGCUCGCCCGACACAGUGAUCGCGCGUUCCUCGUCGGAGGAGGAGAAGCAGAAACGUCAGGCCAGUACUUCUGGCGAAUACAUCACCGUCGGCGAUAGCAGCUCCAGUUUGGACACCUUGACGAGCGGCAGCGCCGGCGUCGCGAUCCUCUCCAGCAGCGUUAACACGGACGACCGCAAGAGGGGCAAAUUCGGCGCGUUCAAGAGCAGCCUCCGAGAGGGUGGCAUAUUCAAGAUCAAGAAGAGGCCGCGACCGAGCGAGACCGACGCGUCCGCCGAGGCGCACCCGGAACAGGAUGACAAAGAGGUGUCUCGGCAGCAAUCGCAGCAGCUCGAGGGCGCGAAAGAGCAAAAGCCGACAACAGCCAUCGACGCGGUCUCGGCCGCAGCCUUGAAGAAAAAGAAGAAGAAGAAGUCGCACUCGCUGGUGCGCAAACUGAGCUUGAACAAAUUCCGUCUGUCCUCGGAGCAAGAGUCGCGACAGACGCCCCCAGAAGGUGACAAUAAUAGCCGGUCGCAAUCCUCGCAAGAGUCGCCCGUGCACUCGUACGGCCCGACCGGGAUCGGGAAGAAGGGGCAGGAGGACGACGCUCAGGAAAGGGAAAAGGCUAAGGGGGAGCUUAAGAAAUCGGAAAAGCUGCUCGAGAAACCGACGAAGACCGUCACCGUAGUGCAACGUAGUUCGCCGUCGUUGACCAUCAGGAGCUUCUUAAGUACCGUGCAGCAGCAACAGCAGGACAACGAGCAAGAUCGACAGCAAGAGCAGCAAGAUAACACUUCACCUCGUUCCAACGUGCAAUGCAGUUCGACGCUUCCGUACGCGUUGUCGAGAUGGCCAGAACAUAGUGAGACGAAGUUCGCGGAGGACGUGACCAGGAAGAGCAAGCUGAGGACAAAAUCCGAUUCGGAGUCGUCGGUGGCGUCGAAGUCGUCGCCCGUCGAGGUUCGCCGUAAGCUAUCCUUGCUGGAAGAGAAGCGAGCGAUAUUUCAGCGACGGUUCUUUGACUCGACCAAAGAUACGCAUUCAGACGACACGGUAAUCGUCGCUCCCGUGGACGGUGAUAGACCUAGCGCCACCGGCGAGUCACUCGAACGGCGAGAGGAAGAGAGGAAGAAGAAGGCGCGGCAGAUCAGCGUGAGGACCUUCGACACGUUCUCCACUUUCGACGGUAGUUUCGACGAAGACACGGAAUUGGGUUACUUGCGCGGCAUCGAGGAGGAUUACACGGAGAGCUACGACAGAGACGACGACAAAUACUCUAGCUUUCACGCCACCAUGGCACCGAUGAUAGGAGCCGUGGAGCAUCCUGAGAAGUCGUCGAAUAAUGCGCCGAAUCUCGGAGUAGGCGAGAAACGGGAGCACUUGUACAAAAUACUAGUAAUCGGCGAGCUCGGGGCGGGGAAAACAUCUAUCAUCAAGCGAUACGUUCAUCAAUUCUUCUCUCAACAUUAUCGCGCUACGAUUGGUGUCGACUUUGCGCUCAAAGUGCUAAACUGGGAUCCGCACACCAUCAUCAGGCUACAGUUAUGGGAUAUCGCAGGUCAGGAGAGAUUCGGAAAUAUGACCAGAGUUUACUACAAGGAAGCCGUAGGUGCCUUCAUAGUCUUCGACGUGACGAGAAGCGCAACAUUGGACGCGGUGGUAAAGUGGAAACAAGACCUCGAUUCGAAAGUGCAGCUACCUGACGGAUCGCCGAUACCGUGUGUCUUGCUGGCGAACAAGUGCGACCAACACAAAGAAGGUUUAGUUAACUCGCCCAACAAGAUGGACGAAUAUUGCAAGGAGAAAAACUUCUCCGGUUGGUUCGAGACGUCCGCGAAAGAGAACAUUAAUAUCGAGGAAGCAGCUCGGUUCCUCGUUAACAAAAUACUUCAAAACGACCAGCUUUUGAAAGGGAACGGCUCCCAAGACCAGGCGGAUGGCGAGAGAUUCACGCUGAAUCAAUCACCAACGAACACCAAAAAAUCUUGUGCCUGCUGACGAAUACGCAAAUCAUCGAACUCAGGUUCGAAUCUUCAUUUACAAUUUUCCAUUCAUCCUCGUUGUGUCUUCAUUUCGACAGAUGCCAUGAGUAUCAUAACGUCUUACGCCUUGCCAUUCUUCGCAACAGAAAGCCUAUUAUAACUUGUUCUCAGACAAAAAAGUAUCCAAUAAUGUUCUUUCUUUCAAAGACCAUUUGGGCUUGUGUGUCAAUUCGGUUAUAUUACCGAAUAGUUUAAGCAGAUUUAUAGAUGUACAGCUAUAAGGAUUUAUAAUUUACAGAUAAUAGCAUAAUAAAUUUUUAAAUAUCCGUAUAAGUAAGACUAGGAGCAAGUAAGUCAAUUCCGAGUCCUGCAUAUAAGAGCAAUGCUUAAAAUGCAUAAUAACAAUCUUGUUUCGUAAAAAAUGAGGGAAUAUACAUGCAUACAUAUACAUAUACCUGGUAUCAAUACAACUUGGAUACUUUUUUCUCGAUGUACUUUGGCACACAGCUAAUUGUCUAGCGAGAAAACUUCUGUGAAUUAAUCAGAAACAAGUCUUCUCAUUGAACAACCGACUGCGUUCCAAAUUAUAUUCACAAGAAAUGUGUCGAAAUCGCAUUGAAACCAAGUAUUCAUACACAAUUUAUUAAUCAAACUUGAAUGUCAUAGACAUAAAUCUUUUAAUUGAAAAUUUAGCUUCUACUCUCCAUGGCAGCAAAAUAUAUAAAUUCUAUUUUAGUUUCUAUUUUUUAAUCAAGAAAAUCACAAAAUACUUGUUUGAUGAUAUGUGUGAUACAAAUUCGUAUCUCGUUAUUGAUAACUAUAACAAUUUAGAACUGCAAUAAUAUAGGGAAAGAAUUGCGUAUUUUAUUGUUGUUCCAAUUUCAAGGUAUGCGACACUUAAAAAUUUAUACUUCAAUACAAUGUUUGGACCAUAACAGUAUCUAAACUAUGUAAUUAGCCAUAGCGACAGACACUAAAAGAAGAAAAGGAAAUUGUUCCUUUCUUGGUACUGUCGACCUUGUAUUUUCGUAUUAAUAUAAUGCUCUCUGUGAAGAUGAAAGUAAAUCUUACGUUAUCAUUAAUCGACUGGACUCUUCACUGUGUAAUAAUACUUUCGUAAUAAUCGCGGUUUUGCUGGUAAUUCCAGAUAAACAUCAACUAUCAGCAACAUAGCAUCAGUGUUAUAAUUUUCACUCAGCACUGUAAAUGCAAUAUAACAUGUGUGUUAUAUAACAAUUACACUGUUGAGCAGGAAAUUAUAACACUGAUAUAGUGUUACUGUCGAUUGAUGUUUAUUAAGCCGUUUCUAUUGCUACAUUUUUGCGAACAUCGUUACGACGCUUUUUAUUGCUUUCAGAAUAAGAAAAGAAGGUUAAUAGUUACAAUUUUCGUAUAUUUUUUCAAAUGUGAUUCUGCCUUCUAUUUCCGAUUUAUUGUAUGAUCACUUAUACGAAUAUAUGUUUAUAUAUAUUAUAUUAUAUAUUUUAUAUUAUAACGGAUGAUAUAUUACACUUAUAAUUAAAGUCUCGACACUUGCAUUAGUCGUGCAGACACGACGGACACAAACCUUUAAUUUCUGAUACAUUUAACUUUUCUUGUGUGUAAUAUCGAGCCUGCUUUAAUUAUAACAUUGUACACACGUGCGUCUAAAUAUUGUAAUAGAACACUACAUGAAUAGACUUAUAUACACCGCUCUGUUUACUCCGCCCGAAAUCGCGCGAACGAUUAUUAUUUCUUAGGAUCGCUUUUUUCCCAGAGUCGUUUAAAAGCAAAAAUUGAGAAUGCUUGAUGUUAUUCUAGUGAAUACCAUUUAUUAUGCCACUCGGACAGCCCAACUGAUACAUCAUCCGGUUAAAAAUGUGUUAUUUAUAACAACGACAAGCUUCCCACCCACACUCCAAUUGGUUAUGCAUUUUGCUUUUUAUCUCAUCGAUUAAUUCGAGAUGUCGACAACAUUGUGCCUUCGUUCGCACAAUCGCAGCUAAUUACUCGAGGCAACUGAUUGUAAUUACAGCGUUGUGUUGCGUCCAAUGACCGUUUAGAUAUCACACAAUAUAUCAAUUUAUAUGUACUGAUAGCGUCGCAAAGCUUGAAUUGAAAUGGAUGAUGAAGAUUAAACUGCGAAAAAGAGAGAAGCGAGUAUAUUCAACGAGCGAUAUGUUGCUUUGCAACUUCGAAAUACGAAAAGAUGCGAAUAUAAAAUGUUUUUUGAUUGAUGCAGAUUUAUAUACAGAAUCAUAUAUGUAUUCGUAUAUGUACGCGUGUUAGUGAAUAACGCUUAAUAUAUUUGAGAGCUAUAUAAAAAAGAAGUAUGUGUACACAUAAUUGUAAAUAAUUCCGAUUUUACAUGAACUUUUUUCACCAUACGAGCGAUGUUUGCAUAUUUGCACUUUUAUAUACAUAUAUAGAACGAUUUGUAAUGCGGCGUAUGUCGUUAUCGUAAAGGAAAUUGUAGAUACAUUACUGUUAACUGUGUUAUUUGCAAGAAAUUACAUAUAAUCAUAACUCCCAUAUUAUUUAAAAAUAAUAGCAAUACGCCUGUCUCUACUUUUAAUUCUUUUUGUAUAAAUGCAUUGAUACUUGCAACAAUAUUAUAGAUGCAACAAUAUUUAACUGUAUUAAAUUUGUUUAUAUCAGGA